AUGUAUGGGCGAAGAGUUGGGUUGAGUAUUAGAAGACAUACACAUUACAAGAACAAGCAUUCUGGUAAGCUCAUCUCAAGAAUAUUUGUUUAUUCUAAAGAAGGUUUACGUACAAUAGAUAAGCGAGACCAUUUGACUAAGAAUCCUCGAGCAGAGACACGAACAAGUUGUGAUGCUAAAAUAAUCAUUAAGUUGGAUAAAUCAAGUGGUAGGUACAGAGUUGUUCAAUUUGAAGAAACUCACAACCAUGAUCUUGCAAUACAAGAGUGUGCUCACAUGCUACCAUCUCAACGAAAUGUUACUUCUUCACAAGAAGCUGAGAUGGAAUUGGUACAAGAUUCUGGAAUCCCACUAAAGCUUUUAUUCGAGUCAAUAGGCAGAGAAGUUGGUGGAAGAGAGGCUCUUGGAUUCACUAAACAAGAUCAUAAAAAUUAUCUUCAAUCUCAGAGGCAAAAUAAAUUGGCAUAUGGAGAAGUAGGAUGCUUAUUAAAAUACUUCCAAAAUCAAGCAUUAGAAAAUCCCUCAUUUUUCUAUGUUGUGCAAUUGGAUAGUGAUGAGCAAAUAACAAAUAUUUUUUGGGCUGAUGCUAGGAUGAUACUUGAUUAUGGUUUAUUUGGUGAUGUUGUGAGUUUUGACACUACAUAUAGAACUAAUGAAGCCAAUCGUCCAUUUGGAGUUGUGGGAUUUAAUCAUCAUCAUGAGACUGUAAUCUUUGGGGCAGCAUUGAUGUAUGAUGAAACUUCUGAUUCGUUUGCAUGGUUAUUUGAGACGUUUUUGGAGGCAAUGUCUAACAAGACUCCAAAGUCUAUUUUUACUGAUCAAGAUGCUGUAAUGGCUAAAGCUUGUGCAAAUGUGAUGCCUAACACAUAUCACUUGCUUUGCACAUGGCAUAUAAUGCAAAAUGCUAUUAAGAAAGCAAGUAGUAUAUUCAAGGGUGAUGAUAGGGUCACCACCUUCUUAUCAAAAUGUAUGAAUAACUAUGAAGAGGAGGAUGAGUUCCUAGUUGUAUGGGAAGCAAUGCUUACUGAAUAUGAUGCGCAUGAUAAUCCUUGGUUGAGUAGUAUAUUCUGA